AUGCCGAUGUCUGGACCUGCACAGGCGACGGUCCACAAGAUCUUUGCCGCCUCCAUCAUGCAGAUGUUUGACCUAGAACACCCUGAUUUCGGUAUCCUCGACACGGACGAGGUUGCUCAAGUUUACAGAACGAGCGGGCUCAACCUCUUGGUAACAUCCCUGCGGCAAAAUGGGAGCGGGACAUCGGGUGUGCUAGAGCUUGCCCCCUCUCCUCUGGAGCCUUCCAGCAGCAGUGUCGAAACCGCCGCCAUGACCAGGAAAUUACUGGGCUCUAGCAUGACUAAACCAAACAGGACGGACAUUGGCGUUUUGUCGGAAAACCACCAACCACUCAUGCUCGAAACGCUUUUGAAGAAGGGCUCGUGCCAGGUCAACGGCAGAACCAUCGUCCGCCGCGACGUAUCAGUUCGGCACCUGUGCGAACAUAUCAACAUGCAAACGGCACUUGCCUUAAGGUCAGGCACUAAGCGCGGAACUAUUCCGGUGUACGGGCCCGCGCAAGACCACGUCCACAGAAGCGUCGCUGCGCGAAUCCUUUACGUGUUUGACAAGAACCCCAGUUCCGACAUCCUUGACGACACCGUCGUCAACAUCAGAAUUCAAGGGCACCAGCUUGUCCGGGAGUCCUCUUUCGUCGCCGGUGGUCUGCGUGUGGAAAACAGGAACGACCUCGCCAUUCUGACUGAGCGCUUCUUGAACGAUCCCGCGGUGAUUAUCGGAGAGCUUCUACCUGCCACUGCCCCUGUUACGUGCACGACAUAUGCACCACCUCCUCACUCUUGGAAUGCCACGGCACGAAGCAAAAAAGAGAAGAGCAGGGACAAAGAACAGAAGGUCUCGACUGUUCGAGCUACCGCGACCGAUGAGUUGCCGGACGCGACGCUUGUGGGCAAGGAGCGAAAGCAUUAA